UAAUCGUAAUAUAUACAUACGUCAAGAUGGUGGAACCAAUUUUUGACUAUCAAUUUCGCCUGAUACUUAUCGGUGACAGUACAGUCGGAAAAAGUUCGUUGCUGAAAUAUUUUACUGAUGGGAAGUUCGCAGAGCUUUCAGAUCCAACAGUAGGAGUAGAUUUUUUUGCUAGAUUAAUUGAAGUAAAGGAUGGAACAAGAAUAAAAUUACAGUUAUGGGAUACAGCUGGCCAAGAAAGAUUUAGGUCAAUUACAAAAUCAUACUAUAGAAACUCUGUUGGUGCCCUGCUUGUGUAUGAUGUCUGUAAUAGAGCAAGUUUUGAACAUAUUCCUCAGUGGAUGAUGGAAGCUCGUAGACAUAUUGAGCCACAUCGCCCUGUAUUUGCAUUGGUAGGUUGUAAAUUAGAUUUAGUUACCAAUGGAAGUAGGCGAGAAGUUUCAAAGGAAGAAGCAAGAGCUUUUGCUGAUCAACAUGGAGUACAUCACAUUGAAACCAGCGCAAAGACUGGAGUUAAUGUUGAAGAAGCAUUUCGAACAGUUACACAGGAAGUUUAUAAUAGAAUACAGACUGGUGAAUAUAAGGUAGAAGAUGGUUGGGAUGGAAUAAAAACUGGAUUUGCUAGGCCUGGUGGUUUAGAUUUUAAUCUAGUCGAAGCAGAACCUGCAAAAUCCUCUUGCUGUUAAGUUAAAAUAUAAUUUGUUAUAGAAGCAAAUAAUGUUCAGAAUGCAGUGGCACUAAAAAUUUAUGUUUCUUAAGUUUUUCUAAAUCUUGAGACAUGUAUAUUAAGAGAGAGAAAGACCGAGAGAAUACAUUCAAAUUUCCAUAUCAACUUUAUUUGACAAACAUGAAAGAAGAUUCUAUUCUCUAAUAAUUACAUUCCACUGCAUUCUCGUUUUAGAAGAAAGAUUUACAACAAAUUUAAAAUGUGUAUAAAUCUUGAUUAGACAUUUUUGUAUAUAGCUUGUAUAAACGAAUGAUUAUAUGUCAUUGAAGUACAUAGGCAUUGAACUAGGACUGUUUCUUAUCUUAUUUAAGGAACAAAAUAUCUCAAUGUAAAGAAAGUUCAUGUUCAUAGUAUAAAUGUAGCUAUAGCAUUUUUAUGAAUUUUGUCAUAAAUUCAUGAUUUUGUUAAUGAUGAAAGAAAAUAACGAAUGUGCUUCUUUGUCAAAAUCAUCUUUUAAAUAUUGUAAUAAUAGAGUAUUACAGUGAAUAUUAUAUAAAUUAAAGAAAAGUUUUCGAAAUAAAAGUGCAAAUGUUUGUAUAUCAUGCGUUUUACAUACAGAAGUUAUUUUUUGUUUUUAAUGACACAGUUUGUGAUAAUGUCACAUAUACAUGAAGAGCCAAUAUAUAUAUAUAUAUAUAUAUAUAUACAUAUAUACAUAUAUUCGUACUGUUCAUAUUUAAUUAAAGCCAAACAAGUUAAUAUAUCAGUACUUAUAUCUUAAUUUAUGAAACAAUAUAUAAGAAGCGAUCUGUAUGUGCUUUAAUUUUAAAACAUCAUGAACUUAUUCUGUAAAUAUUAUAUUUUAUAAUUAUGUCAAAAUAUUACAAGAUCAUAUUAUAGAAUAAUAGAUAGUGCACCACAAUUUGUGUAAGCUGCUAUGAAUUAAUAAACAUCUGCUUUAUCAUAUUUUUAUCAUAAGAUAUAAACAUGUCAAUUUAAAUAUGAUAUGAAAAAUUUAUAUAAUCUAAUAUAAUAUUUUUAAUACAGCCAUUUUUUAUUGGAUGGUACAUUUUACAUUUUUUCAUGUCAAUCUCUUAAAAGAAAAUAAAUUUCUGACUUUCAAGAUAUGAGUUAAGAACAUGAACACUUGCAUAUACAUACAUACAUUCUUAAGACAGAAAUAAAUUAGUCAAAUAAACUUUAUUCAAAUAAAUAUUAUUUAUGUGAUUCGCAUUUUUCAAUGCAACAGGAAUUAAGCAGACAUGUAUUUAUAUCUGUAUAAUGUAACAGAUAUAUAGAAUACGUAUCAAAUGAUAAAGUGCAGUAAAAUCUGCAUUUGUAUAAAUAGUGUAAGUAAAUGCAGCAUGGAUAGAAUUUAUGUAUGAAGUUUUAUACUUAUUAACUGUGGCAUAAGACAAAAUGAGUAAUAGCUAUUAGAAGAAAAAAAAAAAAGAAAAACGCGAAACAGUAACA